AUGAUUCGAAUCAUUGUUGCGUUACUAUGGACUAUCAAUUGCCACGCAAUGAAUGAACCUCGGAUGAAUGCUCUGGAGAGAUCUGCUUCUUUGCGGACUGCGGGACCACCGACGUUUGCAAGAGAUGGAGCUCAUUCCACCUCCUCUAUACAGCUGGAAAAUGGUCCAAGCCAUCCCAAUGCAUGGGGAUCCAACAGACAAGAACUUCAAGUUCCUCCUUCGAAUUUUUUAUCCCCUCGACUAUAUGAGCUGGAUCGAGGAGCUCUCCAGCGUACCGCUCGUGCUUGCGAUUCGAUCCAAUGCUACAGACUGCAUGCCAGGCCAAGUGGAAAUCCAGAGGAUGAUGUGUGGCCUAAACCAGGAGGAUAUCGUUUCAUUCCCAGUUGGCCGAUCCACGACGAAAGCCAGGAUUGGACUCCAGGAUCAAGCAGGAUAUUGCCACCGCAGGAUAACAUGAUAGUGAAAGGAAAAGACUCGGAUCCUGCAGAAAUUCACACUUACAAUAACCAGCAAUCGACGCCGAGGCCUCGGAAAUUUAUCAAGCUGAUGGGCGCUUUCAUCGAGCCGGAAGAACAACCCAGUUCUUCUCUCGAAAGCAAACACAACAGUAUCAUCAAUCAAUCGCCCCCAAAUUUGAGCUCCAGCCCCUCCUCGAUGACAAUCUCUAGUAGACACAUCAAUACAGUCAAUAAUCAAGAAUCAGAUAGGUUUUUGGUGAGCGAAGGCACAAGUGAGAUGAGUCCCCUCUACCAGCUUCCUGCAAGCAUUCUGCAUCAUUUUACAAUGAAUGAUCCUCGUCAUUUUCCCAUCAACAAUCGAGGACUGAUACCUUCGGGGAAAGCCAUGAAUGCCGAGACUCGUAGUGGCGCUGGGAGCGAACAAAUCUCUGGCCAUGAGGAAGACGAAUCGGCUCAAUUAUUAAAGUUUGACAGAGCGGCUUUUGCUUUUCCAACUCCACGCGGCAAAGACACAAAAAAUUUAGACAUCAUCUUCAAAAUGAUUGACAUACUGCAGCGCCAAAAACUAGUGAUUUCAGAACAUCAGUUUACUCAUAACUAUCAUGGGUUUUUCAACAAAAACUAUAAUGAGACACCAUCCUCAAAUGCUGAUAAAAUUGAAUCAAAGGCUAAAACUAGAGAAAUCAGUCAGCGUAGGGAAGAAUUGAAAAGUAAAUCCACAGAAAUCAUUUUCAAAGACCAGAAGGUUUGGUGUACACAUUGGCAGAAAAAAACAAACCUAGACAUCCACUCUCUAGCCAAAGAUACAGAAGCUAGUAAAUCUCCAGAAAUGCACAAAUUGCUGAUAGUAUACUUAUUUUAUAUUGAAAUGAUAAGUACAAUCAUCCCUAGAGAGCUAGAUGCGGAAUACAAAGUGGGAAGACAAUUAGAAAAUGGUGCAUCUUUAUUUGAAGAACUUGUGCUCGCCAGUACCUUUGCAGAAACACAAAUCAUGACCAGAGAAAAUCUUCACGCUUUCAACAAAUAA